AUGAUUGCUUAUAAAUGUUCUAGGUAUUUUUCACUGGAAAGUAAGGACGGAGUAUUUCAUGCAAGCCAACCUUUACAAAAAUACGUAGAAGAGUGCCUUGUUUUCCAUGCAGAGAUUCCCCCAGACCGUCGUCGACAAAUAGUCGAAGGCCUUUCUCUCUCGCCAUAUGUUAUAUACCCUGAAACACCAAAACCAGAUAACAAGCAGCCUGAUAACAAAACCGACAAAAAGCUUGACGACAAGACCGCCACCAUGGAUAUCCAGACAAGAUUGCGAACUAAGUUCAGGAGAGAUACGCUGGACUUGACUUUGGGCAUAUCUCUCUCUUCCUCAGCGCCAUAUACCACUUCCAAUAAGGCAAAAAUGGCCGCAAGACGCGCUGAAAAGCACAGACAGGCUAAGGAGCAGAAGAAGAAGCAGGAGAGAGAGGUAGAAGUAGUUGUUAUCAGAUGGUGUAUCGUCGGGGCUGGGCCUCCUGCUUACUAUGACGAUAUCUGA